AUGGCAGAGGGCUAUAUUUUAGUAGGUAAGCUGUCAGCGGAUCACUUCAGCUGUCCAGUGUGUCUGGGUGUCCUGACAGAACCAGUGACUAAUUCCUGUGGUCACAGUUACUGUAAGGUGUGUAUUAAUGGCUGCUGGGAUCAGGAGGAUGUGAAGGGUGUCUACAGCUGUCCUCAGUGUAGAGAGACUUUUAUUCCAAGGCCUGUUCUACAUAGGAACAACAUUCUGGCUGAAGUGGUGGAGAAACUGAUGAAGACUGAACUCCAGCCUGCUUCUCCUGCUCACUGCUACGCUGGACCUGGAGAUGUGGAGUGUGAUUCCUGCACUGGGAGAAAACGCAAAGCCGUCAAGUCCUGUCUGGGGUGUCCGGCCUCCUAUUGUGAAGAUCAUCUUAAACGUCACUAUGAGUUUCCUGCCUUUAAGAAGCACAAGUUAGUGGAAGCCUGUGGAGAUCUCCAAGAGAAGUUCUGUUCUCAGCAUGACAAACUGAUUGAGAUCUACUGUCGUACUGACCAAAGCUUCAUCUGCUAUUUAUGUACAAUGUUUGAACACAAAGGCCACAAUACAGUUUUAGCUGAAGUAGAAAGAACUGAAAAAGAGAAAGAGCUGGAGAAAAACCAAAGGGAAUUUGAGCGGAGAAUAAAGAAGAAAAGAGAAAGUGUGCAGGACCUGAAACGAUCCAUGGACUUCAUAAAGAUGCAUUCACAGGCAGCAGUAGACGACAAUGAGAGGAUCUUCACUGAGCUGAUCAGCUCCAUGGAGAAAAAGCGCUCGGAGGUGACGGAGCUAAUCAGAGCUCAGGAGAAAGCUGAACUGAGUCGAGCUGAACGACUCCUGAAGCAACUGGAGCAGGAGAUUGCUGAUCUUAAGAGGAGAGUCACUGAGAUGAAGCCCCUUUCACACACACACGAUCACAUCCACUUCCUCCAGGGUUUCCUGUCUCUCUGUGUUUCCCCUGAACGUGAGGACUCACACCGCUUCUUCGUCAAUAGAAAUUUCUCAUUUGAUGGAGUGCAGCAAUCUCUCUCAAAACUUAGAACACAAGUUGAGGAAAUCUUUGAGGAUGUAUUCAAAAAAAUUUAUGAAUGCGCUGCAGUAGUUCAAAAGGGUUUACCCUUAGAACCAAAAUACAGAGAAGAUUUUCUGAAGUAUUUUCGUUAUCUGACUUUGGAUCCCAACACAGCACACGAUCAGCUCAUUCUGUCUGAGAGGAGCAGAGCAGUGACACGCAGUAGGGAAGCACAUCAAUACUGUCAGCAUCCAGAGAGAUUUGACUCCUCGCCUCAGGUGUUGUGUCGAGAGAGUGUGUGUGGACGCUGUUACUGGGAGGUAGAGUGUAAGGGUAUGGGUGUGAACGUAUCAGUCUCAUAUAAAGAGAUCAGCAGGAAAGGAGAGGGUGACGAGGGUGUGUUUGGACGCAACAGUCAUUCCUGGAAUCUGCAGUGUUACCUUAAGUCUGUAUCUUUCUGGCACAACAACACUGAAAUAAAACUCCAAUGUCCAUUACCGUCCAGAAUAGGAGUGUAUGUGGAUCAUAGUGCAGGAACUCUGGCCUUUUACAGCGUCUCUGACACGAUGAGUCUCCUCCACAGUGUCCACACCACAUUCACUCAGCCGCUGUACGCUGGGUUCAGGAUAUGUUAUUUUUACCCAACUAUAAAUUUAUGUGAUCCAGAAUUAAAUGUAGACAAUAGUGAUGAAUUAUCUAUUAUGUAA